AUGGAACAAGCUUUCGGGCCCGAGCCUCCUCCAAUUCAAGAAGUGGUUAUCCCGUUUCUGACUAAAGAGGAAAUGCCUUCCCAACGUGAGGAGCAAGAAUCGCCAGAGAUCCCAGCUGAUCAACCGGAUAGUAAAGGUGAUCCUCAAUGUUUUCCUUCGUUUUACUGUUAUAUAGUGGAACACAAACAAGUUUUUCCAAACGUUGAAGUGAUCAAGAAGCAAGCAUGCCGUACUCGUUUUACAAUUUACCAAAGAGCAGAACUGGAGGCGACAUUUUCAACAACGCCUUACUUGACUCCUUCCCAACGGGUGGCUUUGGCUUCGAGACUCAGAGUUAAACCUGUCGCAGUGCAGUCGUGGUUUAAGAACAGACGAUUCAAGUGGCGCAAGGAAGUACGGGAAGGCUCUCAAGCCUCGGCAUCUGCGUUCCCUUCUUCCCCACCAAGUAUAUUCUUAAUGUAUCAGCCACGAUUUGUCUACAGUUCUGGUCAGUUUCCAGUGUCAGCUCAGUGCCAAGGAUGUUUUACUGGACAAUCAUCCAGAGACUCGUAUUCGCAUGUAGACUUCACUCCGUAUCCCUACUCAUCUCACUGACCAACUAAAA